UAAUCAAUAAAGUUAGGGAAAUCUGUGACUGAGUGCUUUCAUUGAAUAUAAUGAUUAUGAAGUUCCUAAUUUCUUCACUGCUACUGUUAGCUGUCGCAACAACGCUUGCAUACGUCACUGAAGAAGAAGUGCCAAAUGAAGAUGGCGUGCUUGUGCUGACCACCGCUAAUUUUAAGCGUGUCAUAGAAGCCAAUGAUUUUGUCUUGGUAGAUUUCUACGCACCAUGGUGCGGUGCUUCCAUCGCGCUUACACCCGAAUUCGCUAAAGCAGCGCAGUUUUUAGCUGAGUGGCGUUCGCCCAUCAAGUUGGCCAAAGUCGAUGUGACCGUCUCGAGCGAGUUGGACACAUAUUUCCAAUUGCGACAAUAUCCCACCAUGAAGUAUUUCCGUCGUGGCGUUCCCUUUGAAUAUAAUGGCGGUUAUCGGGCAGCUGAUAUUAUUGCAUGGCUUAAUGCAGUGCAAUGAGAAAAGAAUUAGAAAUAUUAAAUAUUAGUUUUUAUUUAAAUUAACCCAUUUUUUAUA